AUGACUGAAGCAGAUAUCAAUGCGACCGAGGCUGCGCGAAGUGCGACUGUCCGUCGCAAACCCGUUCCCGUGCCUCAGUCAGCACGAAUCUAUCCGAAAAAGCCGACACUGAUGGAAAGAUGGAAGGGUCUAUCGAAAAGAACCCGCAUUAUCAUUAUCUCCGCAGUCCUCGCGCUCCUUAUCCUCAUCAUCGGUCUUGCAGCCGGACUUUCUACUCGCCGCAAGACUCAGAAUCUCCCUCUACCUUCCGGACGAGGCGGACCAUAUACCGGAGACCUUACAUACUAUGACCCGGGUUUGGGCGCAUGCGGCGUCACGUCGAAGGAUGGCGACAAGAUUGUGGCCGUGUCACAUCUUGUGUUCGACGCGGUGAGCGUGGGAACCAAUCCUAAUGCAAAUCCUCUAUGUGGGAAAAAGAUCAGAGCCAGAAGGGACAAUAAGAGCGUGGACUUGACUGUGGUCGACAGAUGCACAGGCUGUCAACCAACCGACAUCGACAUUACUAUGGAAGUCUUUGCAACGCUGGCAGAUAUUGAUCAAGGAAGAGUGCUGGUGGAAUGGAAUUGGCUUGAGGAUGUCCCUGAAAAUGCACAGGGUUGA